AUGACAAUUAAUUACCGAACCUAUUUAUUUUAUAUGUUUUCAUCUGUUUUUGUUGUUGGUUCGUUUUAUAAUCUGAUUUGUAUUUUCUAUGCUAUGCAUUAUUUUGAUGGGGGUAUUAAACAUUUUGACGAAGAAUAUUUAAACAAAACAUUACCUUUUGUCAUUAUGAAAUCAGAGGUAUUAAACUUUAAAAAUUCAGAAUUUUUUAAAAAUACUUUUUUGAAGGUAUAUUUGCCGGCAGUAAUAAUGACUUUCGUUAUAGUAAUACUUCCAUAUUUAAUAAUUUUUAUUUGUGGGUUUAAAAUGGUUUAUUAUGUUAAUUUACAUACUGGAUUAAGUCAAAAUAUGAAGAGAUUACUUAAACAAUUGACAAAAACUUUGAUAAUUUUGAUAAUUAUUCCAUUUAUUAAUCAAAUUUUUAUUUUAUUAGUUUUAUUCUUUAUAGCCUACAAUAAUAGAACAAAUAGUUCAACAAGAGAAAAUGAUAUACUAAAUUUAAUUUAUAUAUUUCUUUCAAUUUUCACUCAUUUUAUGCCUGUUUUUAACCCUAUUGUUUGUAUAAUAACCAAUAAGCCAUACAAAGAAGCUGUGUUUAAAAGCUUAAAAAUACACCCUCAAUAA